UUGCGGGGGGUUGAAUGUAAGAUGGCGCCCAGGGAGCUGUGAGGGGAAAAGACUCGGGGCCGAGGCGGCGGCGCGACGCGACGGCGGCAGUGGGGCCGGGGUGAGGCGGGGCCGGGCAGGGGUACACCGCGGAGCCGCCGCGCCUGAACGUUACAAGUCUAAGAGCUCAGGACAAGAGCAGCAGAAAUACAUGCAACAUGGUGACUGGAACCCUGAGGACCUUGCAAUAUGAAUAAUUCUCUGGAGAACACCAUUUCUUUUGAAGAAUACAUCCGUGUGAAGGCACGAACGAUCCCCCAGCACAGGAUGAAGGAGUUCCUGGACUCCCUUGCUUCCAAGGGCCCAGAAGCUCUGCAGGAGUUCCAGCAGACAGCCACCACCACCAUGGUGUAUCAGCAGGGUAGCAACUGCAUUUACACGGACAGCACAGAGGUGGCCGGGUCUUUGCUUGAACUUGCUUGUCCUGUGACAACCAGUGUCCAGCAGCAAACUCAGCCAGAGCAGCAGAUACAGGUUCAGCAACCCCAGCAAGUCCAGGUUCAGGUCCAGGUCCAGCAGUCACCACAGCAGGUCUCCGCCCAGCAGCUCUCUCCACAGCUCACUGUCCAUCAGGCUUCGGAGCAGCCAAUACAGGUCCAAGUGCAGAUCCAAGGGCAGGCGCAGCAGCAGGCAUCCCAGACAAUACAGAGUCAGUCUCUUCAGAGCCCCAGCCCAUCUCAGCUGCAGGCAGCUCAAAUCCAAGUGCAGCACGUGCAGACUGCCCAGCAGAUCCAGGCUGCGGAGAUACAGGAGGAACACAUACAACACCAGCAGAUCCAGGCCCAGCUUGUGGCAGGACAGGCCAUUACUGGUGGCCAGCAGAUACAGAUCCAAACAGUUGGGGCACUGUCACCUCCACCUUCUCAGCAGGGCUCUCCACGAGAGGGAGAGCGGCGGAUCAGCACUGCCAGUGUCCUUCAGCCCGUGAAGAAGCGUAAGGUAGAUAUGCCUAUCACUGUAUCAUAUGCUAUUUCAGGGCAGCCAGUUGCCACCGUGCUGGCCAUUCCUCAGGGCCAGCAGCAAAGUUACGUCUCUUUAAGGCCAGACUUGUUAACAGUGGACAGUGCCCACCUGUACAGUGCCACUGGGACCAUUACUAGCCCCACUGGAGAGACUUGGACCAUCCCUGUUUACUCUGCUCAGCCACGAGGUGACCUUCAGCAGCAAAACAUAACCCACAUUGCCAUCCCUCAGGAGGCCUACAACGCCGUCCACGUCAGCGGCUCGCCGACGACACUGGCUACCGUGAAGCUGGAAGAUGACAAGGACAAGAUGGUGGGAAGUACUUCAGUAGUGAAGAACUCUCACGAGGAGGUGGUGCAGACUCUUGCUAAUUCGCUCUUUCCAGCGCAGUUUAUGAAUGGCAACAUCCACAUUCCAGUGGCAGUGCAGGCUGUGGCAGGGACGUACCAGAACACAGCGCAGACAGUGCACAUAUGGGACCCGCAGCAGCAGCAGCAGCAGCCCACACCCCAGGAGCAGGGGCAGCAGCAGCAGCAGCUACAAGUCACUUGCUCGGCUCAAACUGUUCAGGUUGCUGAAGUUGAACCACAACCACAGCCACAGACUUCACCUGAACUUCUACUUCCAAACUCUCUGAAGCCAGAAGAAGGGCUUGAAGUCUGGAAAAGCUGGGCACAGACCAAGAAUGCAGAGCUGGAAAAAGAAGCCCAAAAUAGGCUAGCACCUAUUGGAAGGCGCCAGCUGCUGAGGUUCCAGGAGGAUCUCAUCUCCUCAGCCGUGGCUGAGCUCAAUUAUGGGCUAUGCUUAAUGACACGAGAAGCUCGAAAUGGUGAUGGUGAACCCUAUGAUCCAGAUGUGCUCUACUACAUCUUCCUGUGCAUUCAGAAGUAUCUCUUUGAAAAUGGCCGAGUAGAUGACAUCUUCUCAGAUCUCUACUACAUUCGGUUCACUGAAUGGCUGCAUGAAGUUCUGAAGGACGUCCAGCCCCGUGUUUCCCCUCUCGGUUAUGUCCUCUCCAGUCAUGUAACAGAAGAGAUGCUGUGGGAGUGUAAGCAGCUGGGAGCUCACUCCCCUUCCACCUUGCUCACUACACUGAUGUUUUUUAAUACAAAAUACUUCCUGUUGAAAACAGUAGACCAGCACAUGAAGCUGGCCUUCUCCAAGGUGUUGAGGCAGACCAAGAAGAACCCUUCUAAUCCCAAGGAUAAAAGCACGAGUAUCCGCUAUCUGAAGGCUCCUGGCAUACACCAGACAGGACAGAAAGUUACAGAUGACAUGUAUGCAGAGCAGACUGAGAAUCCAGAGAACCCCCUGAGGUGUCCCAUAAAGCUGUAUGACUUCUACCUCUUCAAAUGCCCCCAGAGUGUGAAAGGCCGGAAUGACACGUUUUACUUGACACCGGAGCCAGUGGUGGCCCCCAACAGCCCGAUCUGGUAUUCCAUCCAGCCCAUCAGCAGGGAGCAGAUGGAGCAGAUGCUCACCCGGAUCCUGGUGAUACGAGAGAUUCAGGAAGCUAUUGCCGUGGCUAAUGCCAGCACCAUGCACUAAGAAAACAUGAACCUACAGGAUUGGCCUGGCUGGCUGGGGCCUCUGCCUCCUUGGAGCACGUGCAGCCUAGAGGGCACAGAAUGAUGGAUGGACCUGCUCAGCCAGUGGAGGAGAGGCAGGCAUCUUCUUUUCUUGUGCUUGGACGUUAAUUUGCUGUUAUCUUGGAAGGAAGAGGAGAGAGUGAACUGCAAUUGUGAUUUAUACAAAAACAAAAGCAAACCAACGAUUUCUAUUCAGACCUUUAAGUGACAUUUUUAGAUGUUAAAAGUACAAACUUUACCACACUCUUUUUUUUUUUGGGUUUUUUUUUUUUUUUUUGGCCUAACGUUGAGGCCUUAAACCUUGAGGCUCCUGUGCCUGAUGGAAUUCUUGUAACAUACACUUGUGUAUCAUAUAAAGAUACCACCCUGUUUCUCUUAUGUAUUCUUACUCUAGUUGUUUAUUAAGAAUGACGAGCACGUCUUUUCAACAUGCCAUUGAACAAUGUGUCUUUAUUUGGGGAAGAGUGAGCUGUGAGGGUGGGGGGGGUCAUUACACAAAGGUCAGUAUGCAAACUGGUUGUUUUCAUCCCUGUUUGUGCUUUCCAGCUCGACUCCGCUGGACUUUUCACCUAAAUUAGGAAGGUAGAAGGAGAUUAAACUUCUGCUGAAGGACCUGAAUGUCUGCUUGCUGAUGGAAGCUCAGUGUCAGGCUAGGAACGUGGGAUCUGUGAGACCAGCUCAGACUGUCCUAAUGUUCUGUGGCCAGCCUGUGAGGCUUCACCCUUAGGCAAAUCCCCCUCUCCUCAGCUUCACAAACACGUCACACCAACAGCAUGAUGGAGGGGUGUUGGAGGGAAAAGGCCUUCCAGGAGCAGCACAUGGCUUACUCCUGCUGUUUAACAGGCCUUGUCACAGUUUUUAACGCAGCUGUGUAGCUUCUGGCAUCGUCCAUGAUCAUAACCCCCAGCCCUUUAGCCUUGCCUUGCUGCAUCUUAAAUGGUUGCUGUAUUUUAUACCAUUAACAAAUAGUCUGCUCUUUCGAAGCCAGCGGGUAGCCAACCGUGCUUGAAAUGGGAGAUCACUCCAGCCAGGCUUGUUUGUGCCACCAGCUUCUUGGAUGCGGAGAGAUGACUCUGCUUCUUGAACUUGUCUUCCCUGCUUCUCCAUCCAAUGUCCUUUCCCUGUUCCAAAAUAUAUAGAUGCAUAUUUAAAUAUAUCUUACAGUAAAAGGACUUAAACUUGUGUACAGGCAAGCGAUUUUUCUGAAGCUUCUGUUGGCCAGCACCUGUAUUGAGAAGGAAGGUCUGCCCCCUCUGUCAGUGUCAAUGCUGAGAGUAGCCACAGUGUUCCCUGUCUUUGUGCUCUUGAGCAGGCUUGAGGUGUGCAGGCUGAGAGAGACUUGAGCUUCUGAUGCUUCGUAUUGAUGUUGGUGUUCAUGAGGAAGCAGCUGUGCUUGAGUUGGUUGUCAGUUUGUUCCCUGAACAGGACUCCGUGCUCAAAUAGGUGCAGAGAGGUGGAGUGGCAAUGCGCUGUUGUUCCCUAGGACCUGGGCUGUGAAGUAGGCUCGUAGCUCAGUGUCUGCUCUCAGAGUUAUGCCAGGGGAAAACCAGCCUGGAGCUGGUGCCCAGAUCCCAGUGGGUGAGUUGGGAAGCUGGUGCCUGGGUGUGUGUAGUGCUGGGAGCUCGUAUGAGCUCAGUCCAGCCGCUGGGAGCCAGCAGUUGCUCCCUGUCGGGGUGGCUGUUGGGAUUGCUGGUGCUGCUUCAGCUGUCAGAAGCCUCUAAUCCCUUCACUGUAUCUUAGCGACUGCAGUGUCCAUCUCUAGCCCUAGUUUAAGUAUUUAAGGACAUGGUUAGGGGCAAGUUCCAAGCAGCUGGGUGUGCUUGUUGCUUGGGAUGCCCAACAGGCCUGCCCAGAGUGGAUUUCUCAUUCUUUUGGGCAGUUUGUCUUCUGAACAGAGUUGCAAAGGUGUGAGAGGAACUGCAGGCAGCUGUGCUCAGUGCGUGCUGGGCAGCACUGCAUGGGGAGCUAGCUCCAGCAUCCCCACAGCUCAGUGUGAGCAUGCUGCACUGUUUCCAUGAGAAAUGGUGUUGAAGUCAUCUGCCAUAUGCCCAGUGUACAAGUUGCUUCAUUAGGUGCCCUUGGGAGUCGCCUCUUACUCUAAAAAUUGCCAGAAGCUGGAUUCACUUGACAGAACAUUAGGGCAGUUGCAGGUUAGGGCUGAACUGAUGCCUCAGCUGAGCUUUCUGGGGAAACAGAAUUCCAUGUUCCCUUGAAAUUCUAGAUUGUGCACUUCCCUCACUGCCCUGAACUGCAGGAUGAUCCACAGUCUUGGCAGGGGAAGAGUUCUCCUUGAUCUUGCAGUGUACCACGUAAGAACUUGGCACGUGGUGAGCUCUGGAGAUCUGAGGGUUGGUUUUGUCCUGAAGGACCGAAGUGUUUCCAUUUCUCAUUGUCCAGCCAUACAUAGGAAAGGGAUUUGCUGAUGUGGAAGUGGACUGCUGUACUGUCUCAUCAGAACGUCCACCGUGUUCACUUCAUUCCCUAUUUUUAGAGACAAUCGAUAUACUGUGACUUAAGGAUUGUUUUCCUGGACCUGGCUUCUAGGCUGGCUCUCUGGAGCUGGUUUCAAAGGUACAGUAUUUCUAGAAUAUAAAUACUAUGUUCUUUGAUAGCGAAGAACAUGAUCUGCUCCCUUGUAGGGGCUCAUAGGAAGACGUGCCCAGAGUAGCACAGGAGCGUGCUGUGGCUUAGGGUUGCUAUCCAACUUCUGGGAUGUGUUCCCAGUCAAACGUGUAAAAUAGCUUUUUAACACUUUCCUAUAACCAGCUUGACUGCUGCUUUAAGGGCAUUCCCCUCAGCUCCCAGAGUGCCAAACCGCUAGCUCCUGUACGUGUAUGUAUUAAACAGGAACUCUGCGCCCUCCGCCUUGUAUGAGACAGGCUGAAAAUGAUCUCUGCAUAACUAAAGCUGAGAAGUCAGGCUAGAGACCCUGCCUUGUUGGUGUUGGUCUGUGCCCACCUUGUCCCUGUGGUGUGAAAGGAACCAUAGGAAGCGGAGCGCGACUGGCUAUUGUAAAGCACCUCACCUGCGGACGUGAGGCUCGUGUGCUGUCUGAUCUCUUGGCACUAGCAGCCUUGCUUUCCUAAGAGAACUCAUAGCUGCUUCCACACUUGUUCAUGGCACCACUAGAUGUUUGUUCAGUUCAAGUGGAAAUGGCUGAAGCAGCAGAGAGCAGACUAGAGAGCGGCUUUGUGCGCUGAUCUAGGGUUGUGAGUGAAGGGAAUGGUCUAAAUAACUUCAUAGGGCUCUCAUCUGUUGGCUGCCUCACCCUAGAGAUCCGCAUGUUAGAUGGGAUACAAGGUCUGAAGUAGUUCCUGAACUACUUGGGUCAAUGAAAAAAGACUGAAAUCUGAUCCCUGAAAAGGAAUCCUCUUCUGUGCUGCUGCUCCUAGGGCAGAAGUUAAGGACAGUCGUGUUCUCAGCUGCAUCAGGGCUGUGGUCUGCCUUGGCGCACACAGAAGGGAUUGCUCCAUCUUCACACCUCCUGUGCUGCGAUAAGAACAGAUCCAGCCGGGGCAGGAAAGAGCCCUCUGAGCAUUCAUGGGGUGGAGGACUUGCUGAUGCUGUAGUUGAUCGUCCUCUUGCUGGUCUGAGUGCAGCUGUACACAGAUCAACUCUGGCAGUCCAACCAACCUGCGUUCUCAUUCAAGUUUAAUAGUGACUUACUUGCAGUUAGCAUUUGGUCUCUUAAAUCACUGUUAAAGUGGGAUAUAAACUGUCUUCCACCCUACACGGUGCUUUUCUCCCCAUCUUCUUGCUGCAGCUGCUCCUCUCAACUAUUAUGGGGAGCGUACCUUAUCCUGAUGCUUCAGCACGUUCUGUUUCAUGGUGCCAAUGCUUAGGGAAGAGCCCUCGCAGCUCGAGCAUCUUCCUACCUUAAGGAGCAUCUUGCAUCUUCCAGCAGUCUCACUGACACACUGCUCCAACACCCCUGAAGCACUUGCCCUGUCCCCUACUUGUUGCUUCCCUUCCUUGUGUGGCUGAAGCCUGGCUCUCAGCACUGCAGUCCCUUUCCCUGUAUAACCUCAUGCAUGGCAGCCACGUUUGCCUCCCUGUCCGUUCUCCUUUGAGCCCAUCAGAAUGGGGAGGCAGGUUUGACCCUACUUACAGCAGCAAUAAACCGCGCCUAGAACUUGAGGGACCUCGAGGUGGAGGGGAUGUCUGGGACAGGCAGGGUCCAGUUGCAGCCCAGAGCCUCGCUUGAUCAUGAGUGUGCAGCCUAUAUGCAAAAUACGUCUUGUCUGUCCCUCCUGUGUUGACCCUGGUCUAAACAGCACAUGUGAUUGGCAUCCUGCAAAGUGACCUUCAGAACUCUCCAGUAGCUUUGCCCCGUGAGUAACUCACACUACAAAUCAUUUUAAAGAGAUGCACUCAACUAUUUUUUUAAUUUAAUUUUACUCUUAUAUUCUCUGCUCUUUGUAAUCUGCUUGGAAAUAAAAUGUUUUUUUCCCUGCA